AACGCCUCAACCGCGUUUCGCCCCGCUUUUCAACAGUUGAUGUCCUUUUUGGCGUCUGCAACUGUCACUCUCUCUCUGUCUCUCCCUCAAAACCCUAAUCCUGCCUUUUAAACCAAAACCCUAACCCUAACUGACUAAACCAUUCAAGUUUCUGCUCUGGAGCUCGCCUGCUACAUUUCCUAGACGUAGAAACCCGUUAUCAGUGAUGAUGGUUACAGUCGAAGAGGUAAGCUUAGUCGCUGUUAUAGGCUGAGGAUGAUCUAAGAAGAUCGCAGGAGAGGGAAAAACUUAAAUAGUAAAUGCAAAGGAUUCAUUCGGUUAGGUCGUUUUCAGGCUAAAUUACGCCCCGGCGAUGGAGUCCGCCUCCAUUGCGGCGGCCGUCGAUCGUAUCGCUGUCUCAUCGGCUCCUGGGGACGUUGUUGCUGUUGAUUCGAUAGAGUUCACCGGCGGAGGAACUGAAAAUUCAGGUAACUGCGAUUCGCGGGGUUGUGAUAUGAGUUCGGUGGUCAUGGCGGCGAAUGAGGGAGAGCAUUUAGGUAGUGAUGAUCAGAAGGAGCAGAACGGGCUUAAGUCACCAUGGAAGAAACCAGUUGAGGGGAAGGGAGCUGAGGCUCCGGUGAUGGGAGCGAAAUCUUGGCCAGCACUUGCUGAAGCACUGCCAAAGAAUUCUGAUGCUGCUGUAAAGCAAGCGCCUGAUGCUGCUUCUCAGACUGCGGAUUCUGUUCCGCCGCCGCCACCUCCACCUCCUAUUCAGGGAUCAUUUGGGCCACAGAAACCAGAUGGGCUUGCAAACACUAGUCCUACCCAUAAGCAUCCACCACAUCAUCACAAAGUAGGCUCUAAGCGUAACCUUCCUCCAAAUGGUGUUCCACCUUUUCCUAUACCCUUACCUUAUCACCAACCACCAAUGCCACCUGUUUUUCAUGCUGUUGUACCUGGGCCACAUAUCCCUUUCCAUGAGUAUGCUUACCAGCCUUAUCCUGGACCGUUUCCCAAUGUAGAGCCACAUAUGGUAAAAUCUGGAUGUGAAACCCACAUACAAGCUUUUGUUCCACCAGGCCAUGGUGGUGGUAUUGAUGCUAACAGAAAUUUUCAGCCUCCAUCAGGACCACCAAGAGGAGAUCUCAAUGCAUAUGCUGGCAAUUUUGGAAAUCGACGACAUAAUAUGCAAGAACAUGGUGGCCGUUUUGCACAUACAUGGCGUCACCAACGAGCAUUUAAUCCUAGAGACAAUAUUCAUAUGCAACAAAAUCUUGGACCAAGGGCUUUUGUAAGGCCACCACCUCCAUUUUUUGCUCCAGCUCCUGGGUUCAUAAAUGGUCCAGGUUUUGCAGGUCCUGCUUCUAUGUACUAUCUUCCUGCUGCACCUCCAGAAACAAUUAGAGGACCUCCACCUCGUUUUAUUGCACAUCCUCCACAUCAUGUUUUUCCCAUCCCAACACCUGAGACAGUAGCUCUGAGAGCUAAUAUAGUAAAACAAAUCGAGUAUUAUUUCAGUGAUGAAAAUUUGCAGAAGGACCACUACUUGAUUUCCUUAAUGGAUGACCAAGGAUGGGUUCUGAUAUCCAAAAUUGCUGACUUCAAUAGGGUUAAGAAAAUGACUACAAAUGUACUUUUUAUUCUGGAUGCAUUACGGAGCUCAGCUAUCAUUGAAGUGCAGGGUGACAAGAUACGGAGACGUGAUGAUUGGACAAAGUGGCUUCCAGCUUACAGACAGCAUGUGUUUUCUUCAAAAUCUGAUGAGAAGGGUGCAGCUUCUUUGAAGAAUACUGAGUUAAAUGAAGGCAAUGUUUAUGAAAGGGGCAUAUCUGAGGGGUGCAUGGAAUUUCCAUUGGGUAGUGAAAGUUUGGUGGACCACUUAUCCUCAGACAAAGGUACUUCCAAAGUUGAGUGCAGUAAUUCAGAAAGCAACACUGAAAAUGUGCAUUCUGGCAGUGAAACACAACUCCAUGGAAAUACUGGGGAUGCUAGUAGGAUGUUUACUUCUGAAUCAAGUUCAGAAAUCAAUUCAGAACAAGUGACCACUUAUAGAUGUAUUUCAGACAAGAAUUCAGAUGAUUCCAUCUCCAAUAUGAAGAAUAGCAACACUGAUUGCUGUGUCAGCUCUAAAUGUUCACGAGGGGAUGCACACUCUGUAAGUUAUGCUGAUCAUAAAUAUCAUGGCUUGGAUAUGAUACCAGAGUUGACCACACUGAAUCUCGGUGGCUUGUCAAGCGAUUAUACCGGUGAACAUUCUGGGUUUACGAGUGAACAGAACACUUUCAUGCUUGAUGAAGAAUUAGAACUGGAGCAGACAACAAUUCGGAAGGAUCAUCUCUCAUCUAGUAGAAGGAUUGAUGAUGAUGAUGAUGAGAUGGAUGUCAAUGAUCAGGAUGUUCAAAGGCUUAUAAUUGUCACCCAGAACAUAAGGAUAGGUGAAGAUGAUAAAGCUGGAGCAGGAGAAUCAAAGCCCAUCUCGAGUGAACUUGCUUCUGCAAUCAAUGAUGGCCUUUAUUUUUAUGAACAAGAGCUUAGGGCAAAGCGGUCUAAGAACAGAAGAAAUAACUCCAUACUAGAGAAUAGAGAUGGAGAUUCUAGAUCCUCUAACCUUGCACCUGUCUUAUCAAAUUCAAAAGUCAGUGGAAAUACUACUGGAAGCAAUGGCUCCGAAGAGCCUGUCCAUGCUAAUUCACGGAGGAGACAAAAUAAAAGUGUUAACAAGCAACAGUCAUCCCAUAAACAACGCUUAUUCCCUAGCAAUUUUAGGGCACAUGGAAAUGGUCGUAACCGUCAUGGCAUCAUAUCUGAAAGUCCUCCAAGCAAUUCAGUGGGAUUUUUCUUUGGGUCAACACCCCCAGAAAGUCAUGGUCCUAUGACUUCAAAAUUAAGUGCUUCACCACAUGGGCAUCUUUCUGGUAGUCCACCUGUGGGCUCUAUGCCAAAGCCUUUCCCCCCAUUUCAGCAUCCAAGUCAUCAACUUUUGGAAGAAAAUGGUUUCAGGCAGCAGAAGUACCUGAAGUUCCAUAAACGUUGCUUAAACGACAGAAAGAAAUUGGGAAUUGGUUGCAGUGAGGAAAUGAAUACACUCUAUCGGUUUUGGUCAUUCUUUCUCAGAAACAUGUUUUUUCCUUCUAUGUACAAUGAGUUCCGCAAAUUAGCACUGGAAGAUGCUGCUGCCAAGUAUAAUUAUGGACUAGAAUGCCUUUUCAGGUUUUACAGUUAUGGAUUGGAGAAGCAAUUCAGAGAUGACCUAUAUGAGGAUUUUGAACAGCUUACCCUUGAGUUCUACAAUAAAGGCAAUCUUUAUGGUCUUGAAAAAUACUGGGCUUUCCACCAUUAUCGGGAGCUACGUGAUGGAAAAGCACCUCUAAAGAAGCAUCCGGAAUUGGAUAGGUUGUUAAAGGAAGAGUACCGUAGCUUAGAUGAUUUCCGUGCAAAGGAGAAGGCAGCACGGGAAUGCAGUAGCAGUAAUAACAGUGGUCCUUCCGAAAGAGAAAAGGAAACACCAUUUCUGGGGCAGGGGAAAAACAGGUCAAACUUGGCAAGGGAGCUUGAGUUGACAGCACAUUAAUCAAAUCAAUGCCCUGUUUAAGAGAUUUUGGAAGUCCUGCAACCUUAGCGAGGUGAUGAAUCAAUUGUUUCUCCUCGGAUUGUACAUAAGGGAAAACGAGAAAAAGGAAAAAAAAAGAAGAAAAUAAAAAAAAGAUAAAAAAAGAGACAAUAAUGCCUGUAUUUGGGAUUCGCAGAAAUUGACCAAUAAUAGACUGGAUUUUCGCCGGUCAUUUUCUAUCA